AUGAGGAAAACUGUACGCAUAGCACAGGAUGGUGCUUGCCCUGGAGACUUCAUGCUUCAGAAUGUAAACUGUCCUCGUGUGACGCUGGGGCAAGAAUUCCCCGGAGUAGCUUUCGGAGGUCACCUCCGCUAUCUUCCAAAACUGACGGAGAAAGCAAGCUCUUCCCAUGCAAGUCAUGGCAACCAUAAAGAAAACAGUCCUUUCCUGAACAGUUCAGAAGCUGGCAAGGGAGGUGAUUACUAUGACAGAAAUCUGGCAUUGUUUGAGGAAGAACUUGAUAUACGACCAAAAGUGUCAUCUCUGCUUGGCAAGUUGGUCAACUACACAAAUCUUACCCAGGGUGUUAAGGAACAUGAAGAAGCAGAAAGUACUGAUGGCUCGAAGAAGAAAGUAUCAAAAUCACCCAGCAUGGGCACCCUGAUGGGGGUGUAUUUACCAUGCAUGCAGAAUAUCUUCGGGGUUAUUCUCUUCCUUCGGCUGACCUGGAUGGUGGGAAUGGCUGGUGUUCUUCAGUCCUUCCUGAUAGUAUUACUUUGCUGCUGUUGUACUAUGCUGACAACCAUAUCAAUGAGUGCUAUUGCCACAAAUGGUGUUGUUCCAGCUGGUGGCUCCUACUUCAUGAUAUCCAGGUCACUAGGCCCAGAGUUUGGUGGAGCUGUAGGGCUGUGCUUUUAUCUGGGAACAACAUUUGCAGGAGCCAUGUAUAUCCUUGGUGCCAUUGAGAUUUUAUUGACAUAUAUUGUGCCACAAGCAGCGAUUUUUCAUCCAUCUGGUGCCCAUGAUGCAUCUAGCACUAUGCUGAACAACAUGAGGGUGUAUGGCACUGUAUUCCUCAUCCUGAUGGCAGUGGUGGUCUUUGUGGGUGUGAAAUACGUUAACAAGUUUGCUUCCCUCUUCUUGGCCUGUGUAGUAAUAUCUAUACUGUCCAUUUAUGCUGGAGCUAUCAAGUCCAUCUUUGAUCCGCCUGAAUUUCCGAUUUGCAUGCUGGGCAACAGGACAUUGUCAAGAGAUCAGUUUGACGUUUGUGCCAAAACUGUAGUUAAGGAUAACAUUACCGUGGCCUCUAAGCUUUGGGAGCUCUUCUGCCAUAGCACAAACUUAACCACUGAGAAUUGUGAUGAGUAUUUCCUAAUGAACAAUGUCUCAGAGAUAGCAGGAAUUCCAGGAGCUGCUAGUGGCAUUUUGAAAGACAAUUUAUGGAGCAACUACUUGGAGAAAGGAGAAAUACUGGAGAAAGCACAUCACCCGUCUGUGGAUGUGUCAGGCCAGAAGAACAACCUCCAUCUGUACGUGCUUUCAGACAUAGCUACUUCAUUUAUGGUGCUGGUUGGCAUCUUCUUCCCUUCGGUGACUGGUAUCAUGGCUGGUUCAAACAGAUCAGGGGACCUCAAAGAUGCACAGAAAUCCAUUCCCGUUGGAACAAUUCUUGCUAUUGUCACCACAUCACUAGUCUACUUCAGUUGUGUAUUAUUGUUUGGAGCCUGCAUAGAAGGAGUAGUCCUGAGAGAUAAGUAUGGCGAUGCGGUGAACAGGAACCUGGUGGUGGGCACGCUUUCAUGGCCCUCACCAUGGGUCAUUGUGAUAGGAUCCUUCUUCUCUACCUGUGGAGCAGGUUUGCAGAGCCUCACUGGAGCUCCUCGGCUGUUGCAAGCCAUAGCGAAGGACAACAUUAUACCUUUCCUCUGGGUUUUUGGUCAUGGAAAAGCAAAUGGUGAACCGACAUGGGCUCUUUUGUUAACAGCACUGAUUGCAGAGCUAGGAAUCCUUAUUGCUUCACUUGACAUGGUGGCUCCAAUUCUCUCAAUGUUUUUCUUGAUGUGUUACCUCUUUGUUAAUCUAGCAUGUGCAGUACAAACACUCCUUCGAACUCCAAACUGGCGGCCUCGAUUUAAAUACUACCACUGGGCACUCUCAUUUUUAGGCAUGAGUAUUUGCCUAGCACUGAUGUUCAUUUCAUCUUGGUAUUACGCUUUGGUAGCUAUGCUUAUUGCAGGCAUGAUUUACAAGUACAUUGAAUACCAAGGGGCGGAGAAGGAAUGGGGUGAUGGGAUCCGGGGUCUUUCACUCAGCGCAGCAAGAUAUGCCUUACUCAGACUAGAGGAGGGCCCUCCACACACAAAGAACUGGAGGCCUCAGUUGCUGGUGCUUUUGAAACUUGAUGAAGAUCUGCAUGUAAAAUACCCUAGAUUGUUAACAUUUGCAUCCCAGCUGAAAGCUGGUAAAGGUUUGACUAUCAUAGGGUCAGUGAUCCAAGGGAAUUUCUUGGAAACUUACGGAGAAGCUCAGGCUGCUGAACAGACUAUUAAGAAUAUGAUGGAUAUUGAGAAGGUGAAAGGAUUUUGUCAAGUAGUCGUAGCAAAUAAAGUUCGGGAAGGAAUUGCCCACUUGAUCCAGUCCUGUGGACUAGGUGGCAUGAAGCAUAACACUGUGGUUUUGGGAUGGCCGUAUGGCUGGAGACAAAGUGAAGAUCCAAGGUCGUGGAAGACGUUUAUAGGUACUGUUCGCUGCACGACUGCAGCCCAUCUGGCUCUGCUGGUUCCCAAAAAUGUGUCUUUCUACCCCAGCAACCACGAGCGUUACAAUGAAGGCAACAUUGAUGUGUGGUGGAUUGUGCAUGAUGGAGGCAUGUUGAUGUUGCUUCCUUUUCUUCUCAAACAGCACAAAGUUUGGAGAAAAUGCAAAAUGAGGAUUUUUACUGUAGCUCAGAUGGAUGAUAACAGCAUCCAGAUGAAGAAGGACUUGGCUACUUUCCUCUAUCAACUCCGAAUAGAAGCAGAGGUAGAGGUGGUAGAAAUGCACAAUAGUGAUAUUUCAGCAUAUACGUAUGAGAGAACUCUUAUGAUGGAACAGAGAUCUCAGAUGCUGCGGCAAAUGAGGCUGACAAAAACAGAGAGGGAAAGGGAGGCUCAGCUGGUAAAGGACAGGCAUUCAGUGGCACGUCUAGAAAGCCUCUACUCAGAUGAAGAAGAUGAGACAGAACCAGUUCCUGAGAACAUCCAGAUGACCUGGACGAAAGAGAAAUGUGACGCUGAGAAGCGGAACCGAGGCAGUGCUGUGGGAAGCUUUAGAGAUCUCAUCAGCAUUAAGCCGAACCAGUCUAAUGUCCGAAGAAUGCACACAGCAGUGAAGCUGAAUGAAGUUAUUGUAAAUAGAUCCCACGAUGCCAGACUUGUUCUUCUCAACAUGCCUGGUCCUCCAAAGAAUACUGAUGGUGAUGAAAACUACAUGGAGUUCCUGGAAGUCUUGACAGAGGGUCUGGAGAGAGUACUACUUGUGAGAGGCGGCGGCCGAGAAGUCAUCACAAUCUAUUCCUGAUUUAGUACAAGCUUCUAACAUUGGUCUACAUUUACCUUCUUGGUGAUAAUGGACAUUCCAGUUUAAAAUGGAGAAGAAAAAAAAGGUCUUUUUGCCGAAGUUUCUCCUCAUCCAGUCCUGUCCAUUGUCUUUGCAUUUGCAACAUACAUAUCUUUUGGGAUUGCAGUCUUGUUGUUAUACCAUCCAAUUAGCAACCUAAGUUAAUUGUGAAGCUGCCACAUUAUUAAGUUUCUGCUUUGGUACUCCAGCAUUCGUGCAUGUAGUUUUAACACUAAACCUAUUUUUAUUUUUAAUCAGCACUGCUAUGUGCAGUAUUUUUAGUAACUGUAUGUAAAGUUAGGACAUGAAAGCCAGUUACUGUAAAAAGAUUUUAAAAGCUUUUUAUAUUAGGUUUGGGGGCUAGAAUUACAUUACAUAGCAGCUAGAUUCUGCUGAAGUCCAGCUGUAAAGCAUUUUCUAAGAGCACAGUAAAUUGUGAGAGGGGACUGAAAAAGCUUUGUUUUUCUGGGUUUAUUUCCAGAACUAAACUCUCAGUAUUGGAUAAGAAUUUAUACUUUUAUUACAUUUAUUGAUAGAGAUUUAAAUAAAUUAUGUUGAUAUAGCUGCAAUUAUGUAUGUAGCUUGCUACAAACUGUUGCUUCUGAGACUUGAGGUUCUGUGAGGCCAGAUCCCUAUUUAUUUUUGUAUUUAUUUGUCAGAAAUAUCAGAUAAGCAGAUACAGACUGUUUAGGAUAGCAGAGAUCUCUCAAUAAAUUUUAAAUUGGCAGUGGAUUGAAGGACCAGUCCUGUACAGUUCUUCCAUGCUUUAAAUUUCUUGCAGACCAUCCAUCAAAGUACAUUGAGCAUGCUGGAGUCCCACGUGUAGAGCAGGGCGCUUUGCUGCACGCACAGCGGUGGGAUUGCACUUGCACGAGCACAGGGGACCUGCAGCUUCAUUGUUUGCUUUAUGCCCUUAGAGGAAAAAGAAGAAAAGAAGACCUGUAUUAACUAAUAAGUCUCCAGAGAGUUUAUUAAGCCCAUGAAGUUGUACUUUAUGUACAGAACAUUGGUAUUUUUUCAAUAAAACAUUGCAUACACUUUGA